AUCAGUUUGCUGACCGAAUGAGCGCAACAGUGCUCUACAAUUGAGAAACUUAAUUCCUCGCGAGAAGUGUGAUUAAUAGUACAAACUCUGGGAAAAUAGAUCGGCAAGUUUCUGAUAGAAAACGGUAUCGCGAAAGUGUAAUCUGAAAGUGUUUCUCUUUCGUAACAAAUUCGUGGUUUGAGGAAGAAAACUGGUGACCUGUAAUCCGAGCUGUGACUCGAGUUUUAAUAAUCAACACGCGCAAAAGGAUGUCCCAUUAUCGGCCGUGGGGCUCGAUAGAGAACGGCCAGAUAGAAUUCGAGUCCUUGUCGGACGAGACCCUGGAGGGUGCUCUCAACGUGUUAAGAAAGAGCUUCUUUCCCGGCGAGUCCGUAUGCGUAGCCUUGGAAUUGACUUCUGAACCGGGAGCACCCGAGGAACUCGAGGAGCUCUGCUUGUACGCGGCUAAGGAUGGCGUGAGUGUGGUGGCUAUCGACAUCACCACCAACGAAGUUAUCGGGGUCGCCUUCAACAAAAUCCAAGUGACCACCAACAGCUCCGAGAAAAGUUUCUUCGAGAAUUUCAGCGACAACUGCCGGUACAAAUCGUCCAAGGGUAUGACGGACUUCAUGAUAGACGUGGACUCGCGAAUAGACCUCUUCAAGCACUACAAAGUCAACUGCAUCCUCGAAAUCAUGUUUCUAGCGACUCUACCCGCUUAUGGGAAGCGACGCAUAGGCGAGAUGCUGAUCGCUUCAUCGUUGGAGCUCGGCAAGGAGCUGAGUCGCGAUAAACACGUGAAGAUACCCAUCACGGUACACGGCAGCAACGAGAUGACGAACGCCACCGCGGUGCCAGCCUUGGUCUCCGCUAUCAUGACUUCCAAUUACUCGUAUCGGAUCGCAAUGAAACUGUGCUUCAACGCGCUGUUGGAAGUUUCAUACGACGAUUACGAGCACAACGGAAAGAAGUACAGCGAGAGAAUAAGCCAGGAACACCGACAGGCUGUCUUGGUAGCCAAGAGACUCUGACCGAUUUAGAUACUGAUCGCACGAAUAGUUUUAAACAGAGAACUUCUCUCCUCACAUCGCAAUACUCAAUCGAAUUUUUAGAAAUUAUGCAAAUUAGGUGCAAUAAAAGAUAUUAUUUUGGAAAAUGUAUCUGUUAUUAUUCCAAGAUGUAAUAUCUAUUGUUGCUCCAAAAUAUCAGAGGUUUGUAAUAUUAGCUGGUGUCUGUUUCUGUAUGUACGGAAGCGUACUUCAUUUUGCUUAUCAACUUGUUCACGAUAAUAUUUUCUUUUGAGUAAAAAUCUUACGAUAGAGAAAAUAUGCCACGUGAAUUGGAGCAAUCGAAAGAUUCAAAGAUUUUAUAGGAGACUCAAAUUUCAUAAAAGCAUAAAGAGAUAAAUAAUCCGUCGUCUGUUAAUGUUGUAUUGUAUUUCGUAAGCAAUAAUUGCGCGUUAAGUUUGACGAAGAACUCCAAGAAAUUAGGAGAGGCGAAAUUUUAUACACAUAAGGAACAAUUGUAUCGAGUGAAGAAAAUGACGUUGUAUGCGGUCGAAAUAUCUCGCUUUUUUAUCGAUGCGUGCAUAUAAAUGCGUCACAAUGGACGGAUAAAUUGAUGCCGCAUUGUUAAAAUAGUAAAAUCCGAAUAGAAUUAGGAUAAUACUCGACAGACAUGUCUGAUGUUAAAAGAACGUAAUCAAAUGUGAGGGAGAAUAUAUCAGAGAUUUCAUUCGCGUGCGAUAGUACAAUGGCGACCAUAAAAUCGGCCGUAUCCUAUAUUAUAUAACGUAUUAUACGAAGUAUUUUAUUGUGUCCUUAUCGAAAUCACAUAAUGCCACUUUUAUGAAUUAAGUUACACAAUAUACUAGUUACCUGUUGCACAAUACUAUUUGCAAAAAUGCUAUAACGAAUCACAGCGAAUCGACUCAGCGAAAAGUGACUCCUCGAUUGAUGUCGAAACGAUGUCGAAUCGACAUCGACGCUGUCAAAUUCGACGUCGAUUCGAUAUUGAAGGAAUGAAUAGAAAUUCGAAGGCUGCGCUGAAUAAAAAUUCAGACUGAUUCUCCCAACAAUUCUGCAGCUCUUCUCUCUCUCCGUUGCUGUGUCGUGCAACGUUUCACAAGUAAUUUACGUGUGUGCUCUCUACAAUUAGCAAAACGCAACUAACAGAAACGUAUACGUCCAAAAUAGAGGCUCGUUAUAUAUUGUCCACACUAUGCACAUGAUAGUUGGUAUCUUAUCCAGAUAUCUUAAGUGAAUUAUAGAUCUAAGCACUCUAUAUCUUGUACUCAUUAAAAUAUGUCACGCAAAUGCUGUAAAAUCGUAAGGUAUUGUAAACAGCGCAUUGUGUGCAGAAUUAAGCAAUAAAAAUCAGAUCGCCUUGCUUCA